UUCCCUCUCUCGUUGAUCUUCUUCAUCCUCCUCCUGCAAAUACCACAAAAACCUAAACCAGAAAACAAUCAAGAAAAUCCGUUUCUUUAAAUAUGCUAACGACCAGGAGAAGAAAUAGAAUUCUACUAAUCCACCAGUUCUCCACCACCCAAUAAGACUGGUUUCCUCUCUCCCUCUCCAUUGUUCGCUGGGAGAGGGCGGGAGACAAGACGAGGAGAAGCUGGAAGUAUUAGAAACAACCAAACCCAUCAACGGAAAAACCAAAAAGAAAAAAAAAAAAAAAACAGUUCUGAAUUCGAUGCAAUUCUCAAUCCCCUUUCCUCCCAAUCUCAUAUGGAUUUUUCUGCUAAUCCCAAUUUCGCUCCAUCCUAAUUCCUUUUCUAAUUAUAAUUACGGAGGCAACGCCCAGGCCUCCUUCGAAGGGAAUAGUUGCAGAGGAGAAGGGCAGAGGGAUCUCCGUUGAAAAUCGAUGCUAUUCUCAACCUCAAUCCUUCUAAAAAAUUUAUGGGUAUUCUUUAUUUUGAUCAUUUCCAUUUGGGUGUCUCCUUCUUUUUCUGAUCCUCUCCUCUUUGAAGAUUAUCUUCUUUGUGGACCCAAACAGAUAUCCUCUAGCUACAAAUUAAGUUGGAAUUUUCUUAGAGUCAUGGGUUCAAUCAACGUUAAGAUCUCUAAUGGAAACAACUGGGCUUCUUCAUAUGUUACCAGUCCAUUCCCAGGCAUUUUCGGUUUAUUCCAAUGCCAGGGCGAUCUCUCCAGAUCUGAAUGCAUUCACUGUUUCAACGAAAGCAGAGAGAAGCUCGAUUCUUGCCUCCCUGCAGAAUAUGGACGUCUAUAUACAGACGGUUGUUUUCUCCGUUUCGACACGUAUAAUUUCCUGGGCGAACAGGUGAAUCCAAUUUUCGAUAGAGUUGAGUGUAAUGGAGUGAAAAUGCAUUCUCCAAUGGAGGAUUCCAUGGACAGGGAAUUCCAGAGUACGCUUGAUCAAGCUUUUGUUAAUGUUACCCAAAGAGCACCUAAGAACAAAGGGUUUGGUGUGGCGAAAGUUGGGGGAGAGACAGUGACUGUUUACACCAUGGCUCAAUGCUGGAGAACUCUCAGCGAGAAUGACUGUAGAGAUUGCCUGUUACAAGCCAAAUCUGGGUUAAGAACAUGUGUUCCAAAUUCAGAGGGUAGAGCUCUCUUCACCGGUUGCUUUUUGAGGUAUUCCACGGCCAGAUUCUAUGAUGAUGUGGUGGAAGAGUUCUCCGAUCCCUUUAUGAGCAAUAGACAGAUAGUAAUCUUUAUUUCCAUGGCGAUUGCAGUUUCUGCACUUACUUUUUUUGGUGCUUACAUCGGCUACAAAAGAUUAUCAAAGAAGAAGGAAGGGUUGAAUGGUUCAGUAGAGAGUUCAGGUCAUGAAAGCAAAUACAGCUUGAAUUUUGAGUACGAAACACUUGACAAAGCAACUAAUCAUUUCAAAGAUUCAAUGAAAUUAGGGCAGGGAGGAGCUGGGUCAGUCUUCAAAGGGAUUCUCCCUAAUGGAAAAACAGUUGCUGUUAAGAGAUUGUUCUUCAAUACAAGGCAAUGGGUUGACCAGUUCUUCAAUGAAGUCAACUUAAUCAGUGGAAUUCAACACAAAAAUCUUGUAGCUCUUAUGGGUUGCAGCAUUGAAGGUCCAGAGAGUCUUCUAGUCUAUGAAUAUGUACCCAAUAGAAGCCUUGAUCAAAUCCUUUUUGUGAAGAACACAAUCCAUAUCUUGAGCUGGAGACAGCGUUUCAAUAUAAUCAUAGGAACAGCUGAAGGAUUAGCAUAUCUUCAUGGAGGUUGUGGAGCUAAAAUCAUACAUAGAGACAUAAAAACCAGUAAUAUUCUACUUGAUGAGAAUCUCACUCCCAAAAUUGCUGAUUUUGGAUUGGUUCGAUGUGUUGCUGCUGAUAAAUCUCACGUUAGUACUGGCAUUGCAGGAACACUGGGAUAUAUGGCUCCUGAAUACCUUGUCCGUGGCCAAUUAACAGAGAAGGCAGAUGUUUAUGCCUUUGGAGUUCUGGCACUUGAAGUAGCAACUGGUAAAAAGAACAGUGUUUUCUCACAAGGCUCUAACUCAACUUUAUACACUGUGUGGAAACAUUACAGGAGAAAAACUCUUACUCAAGCUAUUGAUCCUGGGUUGAAUGGCAAGUUUUUGGAGGAAGAGGCAUUAAAAGUGCUUCAAAUUGGGUUACUUUGCACUCAAACUUCAGUUUCUCAAAGGCCAUUGAUGUCUGAAAUAGUUGAGAUGCUAACACAUGAUGAUUAUAUAGUUCCAUCUCCAACACAACCUCCUUUCUUGAAUUCCAGCGUGUUAACUCCAGAUGACACCACCCAAACUUCUACUUUUAUGGACAGUUCAGAUUUUGAAGGCCAAAUAAGAACAUAUAAAGAUCCUAAAACUAAUCAUGUUGAAGGAUAUGAACCAAGAUAG